CAUAAUACCAGUCAAUCUCACUUGCAUUCAUCCCCCUUAUAUCUUGGCUCUUGCUUCCUGUCUUACGAAAAAGAUAACAAUGGCUAUCGUCGAAGUUUUUCUAGGUGCAAUUCUCACUGUUUUGCUUGAAAAGCUGGCCUCUGGUGAGCUACUGAAAUUUCUGCGUCAUGUAGGAAUCGACGCCCAGCUGGUAGAAUUGAAGACAACUUUGAUGAGGAUCCAGGCUGUGCUUACUGAUGCUGAAAACAAGCAAACAACGGACAAACAUGUGAAAGAGUGGCUAAAUGAUCUGGAAGAUUUGGCUCAUGAUCUUGAAGACUUAGUGGAUGAGUUGAAUACUGAAGCUUUGCAGCGCAAAUUAAAGGAAAAUAAAGGCAGCACCAGUAAGGUAAAAAAGCUCGUCCCCACUUGUUGUACUAAUCUUUCUUUCACUGAUUUCAUGUCUGAUCGUGGGAUUGCUUCCAAGCUAAGAGAGAUUAGUGGCCGGUUGAAAGUUCUGGAAGAACAGAAAAAAAUUCUCGAUUUGGUGGAAAAUGUAAGGGGAAGGUCUUAUAGAAGAUUGCCAACAACUUCGCUUGUGGUAGAAUCGAAAGUUUAUGGAAGAGAGAAUGACAAGGAGGAAAUACUGAAAAUCUUAUUUGGUGUUGAAUCAAACGAUAGUCAAAUAUCCGUGAUUCCAAUUGUGGGCAUGGGAGGUAUCGGCAAAACAACUCUAGUCCAACUUGUGUAUAAUGAUGAAAGAUUGAAGGACAAGUUUGAUCUUAAGGGAUGGGCUUGCGUUUCAGAUGAAUUUGAUGCUGUAAGAGUAACAAAAAACAUUCUUGAGUCAGUUUCUUCUGGUGGAAAGUGUGACUAUGAAAAUUUUGACACGCUUCAGAACAAACUAAAGGAGAUCCUUUCAAACAAGAAAUUUCUAGUAGUUUUAGAUGAUAUUUGGAAUGAAAAUUACGAAGAUUGGGAGAUCCUAAGCCGUCCUUUUCUUUCUGGAAAACCUGGAAGCACAAUCAUCAUUACCACUCGACAAGAAAGGGUGGCCAAAAUCAUGUCUGGAAUUCCAGCAUACAAUCUGGAUCUGUUAUCAGAGGGCGAUGCUUUAUCAUUGCUAGCUCAACAUGCAUUUGGAGCUAAAACUUUUGACGGUCAUCCAGAUUUAAUAGAGAUUGGUAAGUCUAUGGUAAGCAGAUGUAAGAUGUUGCCCCUAGCAGUAAAGGCCCUCGGGGGGCUUCUUCGCAUCAUGGCAGUUGGUCCUGAAGAUUGGGAAGAGGUGCUGAAAAGUGGGAUCUGGAUGAAUGAAGAAAAGAGUGAAAUUCUUCCUGCUCUAAAACUGAGUUAUCACCAUCUUCCUCCGGAAUUGAAAAGAUGCUUUGCUUACUGUGCUCUCUUUCCCAAGGACUAUGAAUUUGACAAGUUCCAACUAGUGUACUUUUGGAUGGCUGAAGGUCUUUUGCAGGAAACAAAGAAAGAUAAGUUAAUUGAAGAUGUAGGUAGUGAAUAUUUUGAUGAACUAUUGGCUAGAUCAUUCUUCCAACAAUCAAGUGCCAAUGCUUCACGCUUUGUGAUGCACGACCUCUUUAACGAUCUAGCUAUGUCUGUUGCUGGUGAUAAAUGUUUGAGGAUGGAUGAUGCACUGCAGGAGAUUUCUGUAAAGGUCCGUCACUUGUCAUUCAAGCGCAGUUGGUAUGAAACUUAUCCUAGAUUUAACUUUCUUGACAAAGUUCAAAAGUUGAGAACUUUUUUGCCACUACCUGUUGAGUCAUUUGGUUACUUAUCCCAAAGAAUUUUGCAUCACCUAUUCACGAAUUCAUACUGCUUAAGAGUGCUAUCCUUGAAUGGUUAUGCCAUAUAUGAGUUGCCAGAUUCUAUUGGUGAUUUAAGACAUUUAAGAUACCUGGGCCUAGCUGACACUGGACUGAGGUGGUUGCCUGAAUCUGUGUGCACUCUUAUCAAUUUACAAGUGUUGAUUCUAAGUGGUUGUUGGAGCCUUACCAAAUUACCCACAAGCAUGGAAAAUCUUGUUAAACUUCGGUAUCUGGACAUUUCUCGUACUUCCAAUUUACAUGAGAUGCCUCGGGGAAUUGGUCAACUAACAAGUUUGCGAACGUUAACUAAGAUGACUGCAAGUAAAAAUAAUGGAAUGAGUUUAAAGGAGUUGGGCAAUCUAUCAUUUCUACAAGGUAAUAUUUCUAUUGAGGAAUUGCAAAAUGUUGUGAAUGUUCAAGAAGCAGUGGAAGCAAGGCUAAUGGAUAAGCCAAACCUCAACGGAUUAACGUUGGAAUGGAGCGCAGGCUUUGAUGAUACUCGAAAUAAAAUUUUAGAAUUGAAUGUGUUUAAUGCAUUAAAGCCCCAUAAGAACUUAUCAACACUUGAAAUCAAGUAUCACGGGGGUGAGAAUUUCUCUAAUUGGAUUGAAGAUUCAGCAUUUUUUAAGUUAGCAAGGAUAAGCUUUGAAAAUUGUAAAAAUUGCACGACUUUGCCACCUUUAGGGCAACUACCUUUGCUAAGAGACUUAAGCAUUCAAGGCAUUGAUCAAGUAAAAGUGAUUGGACCUGAAUUUUAUGGAAAUAGAGGCCAUGGAGAAUUACCUUUUCCAUCACUCAUUAAUCUGACUUUUAGUGGCAUGUCUAACUGGGAGGAAUGGGUUGGAAUAGGAGGUGUUAUCCAACUUCCUAAGCUAUGCUCAUUGAUUAUAACUGAUUGUUCAAAAUUGGUCAGUCUUCCAAAUCUUUUACUGUCAUCCUUACGUGACAUAAAUGCUUCUGGGUGUAAUGAGGUGGUGCUAAAUCAUAUGCAGAAUUUGAAAUCUUUAACCAGCAUACAAUUGUCUAGAAUUGUUGGAUUAACUUCAAUUAUCAAAGCAUUUGAACAAUUUCCUUUUACACUUAAAAGUGUUAAAGUUGGUGAAUGCCACAACCUUAAGACUCUAUGGUCAGGUGAUAGUACUGCACGAGACCUAGUCGACCUACGACACGUGGAUAUUGACAGUUGUCCUCAGCUAUUUUCCCUUAAAGAGAUUGAUGUUCUUCCCGAUCUUAGGAGACUUUGUAUAAGAAAUUGUGGAGCUCUGGAGUUGUUGCCUAAUAAAAUAUCUUGUCUUGAGAAUUUGUUUAUUGAAAAUUGUCCAUUGGUAAGGACGAUGAUGAAGCUACAGGAUUGCAGCCUCUCGCUUGAUUAUCUAAAUAUUACUCGUGUGAAUUUGAAUUUGGCAAAUUUACUAGGCUCUGGCUCCAAUUACCAAAGUCUCACUGACCUACACAUAAGGUCUUGUGAUGGUCUAGAAUUGUUUCCCAAUGGAGGCUUGCCCACACCAAAUUUAAAACGACUGUGGAUAAGAGAGUGUCAACAUCUCAAGUCCUUACCUGAUCGGAUGGAUCUACUUUCGUCCCUUUCGUCACUGUGGAUAAAUAAGUGUCAACAUCUCAAGUCCUUACCUGAUCGGAUGGAUCUACUAUCGUCCCUUUCGUCCCUGGAUGUGUCUUCUUGUGCUUCAUUAAUGGAACUCUUUCCCCAAGAGAAUAUUCCUCCAAAUCUGUCUAGCCUUGAAAUCAGAAAUUGCGGAAAACUAAAGCCCCCGGGGGAGUGGGGCCUACACAAACUCACCUCUCUUAAUCACUUUUCAUUUGUUGGAUGUCUAGAGCUGGUUUCCUUCACUAACAAUGCUGACGAAGAACACUGUAUGCUUCCUCCAUCUCUAACAUCUUUGUCGUUGGAUGACCUGCCGAAUCUCGAAACACUAUCAAGGGGCUUCCAAAGCCUCACCUUUCUUCAACAUUUAUGGAUCUCUGAAUGCCCAAAGCUUGAGGCGUUGCCUAUGGGAGACUACCUUGAAAAGCUUUUGAGCCUCGGCAUUCAAGGCUGCCCACUUCUUAAGAAACGGUGUUUGAAGAACAAAGGAGACUACUGGCCCAUCAUUGCUGACAUUCCGCUCGUCGAAAUUGAUUCCCGAUCCAUCUAUGAUCCAUGUCCAUGAAUUCAAUUACACGAGUAUAAAUCAAUAUCAGAGCCGAUGUACCAACAAUCAAGUAACUGAUCGGCUAUGGAGCUAAAAUUAGCCUCUUUUUGUACUAACAGCAUUUUCUGAUUACUUGUAAGAACACAAGAUGGAAUGAAUGUGUCUCUUCAUUAGACCUUCAAAAUGUUGCUGUGAGCAUAUUGCCUGUCAAGAAGAAUCGUUUGAGUUGAGGACGAUAAGAUGUUACAUUUUUUAGCUACGCUGUUUUUCAGCUCACUUGAACUCAGAACGAUUUUAAUUUUUUGAAUUAAUUCAGUUUCCUUCAGCUGAUGAAUUAUUGCAGUAUCUGUAUGAGUUUGUGUGGUUAUUUCAUAUUUGCCUGUGAUUUUGUAUUAAUCAUUUGAGUCGAAAUCCUGAAUUGGGUUUAUAAUCAUUUUUUGGACUCAAAUUGCUGAUUUUAAGAUGUGUUUUUAUGGUAAACUAAUUGCUGAUGUCAAUAUUCUUUUCAUUAGUUUUGGGUUGAUUAGUUAAUAAGUUCUUCUGUAUUUUACUGUUUGGGGAUUUCAGCAUGUGUUUGAUUAAUUGGUUCUAUUCUUUUUUAUAUGGUAUGUACUGACUUCAAUUUGGCAAUUUCUUGGGGAUAUCUUUUUUAUCAAAUUGUAUUUUCGUGGAGUUCAACAGUGAAAAUGUGAAAUAUGUCCAAUUAUUUGAAUUUUUGUUGAUAUUUUGAAAUUGAUAUUAUGUAUUGAUGAGCCAUCAAGUUAAAAUUAAAAAGAAUUCCAAGUUGCAAAUGCUAUUUGGAAGUUGAAUUUGCUCUGCUAGGUUGCAGAGUAUACUUGAAUUUAUUUUAUCAAAAGAUGAAUAUUUAUCAUCUCUUAGUUUCCCCUUCUUUGUCAUAUAUCUUUACGAAAUUGUUGUAGAAAUAUUUAGAUGAUAAUUGGAUUGUGUUGAUAAUGUACUUGGAAGAUCAUACGAGGAAUUUCAGGAAAAAAAGGGUUUGUUGCUUGUGUCCAUUUUAUUUAAGGUGUCCGGAAAAAAAUGUUAAGAGUGUGGAAAGUAUAUCCAUCCUUGUGCGUUUGGGUCUGUUAUUCAUAUUGAUAGUUGACAUUCCAUGUGAGGAAGCAUAUUUCACAUAAAACAUAUAUUCACUUUGUGUUGUUAGGUAACUAUUGUAGCUUUGCACAUCUGCUUUCGUAAUGGUUUAUUGUUGCACAUU